AUGCGGUUUCUCAAUGAAGUAGAAAAGCAGUUUGAUUUAACAAGAAUGGUUGGCUCGGGGACUUUCGGGGAGGUCUAUGAGGCCUACGACAGGUUAAAUGAUCGCCGAGUAGCAAUCAAACGAUUAUUACCAUUUCAAACUAUGGAUGCGCAUAAGAAGGAAGCAAACUUUAUAUCAAGCUUGCAUGGAAAAUCCAACAUUGUACAGCGUGUGCAAAGUCCGCCACUGGCGCCCAAUGGGAUAAUCAUUGUCGAGGAGCAGCAGGCUUUGAUUUUUGAAUACUUCGAACAUGACAGUCCCUCAGAUUACGUCAAAGAUUUGACCAUCAAAGAGAUUACCCACUACAUGAAGAAUUUGUUUGUAGCAAUGAGGUCUGUACAUGCCCUCGGGAUCAUACAUCGAGACGUGAAAUUGAAUAACUUCCUCUACGACAGAAGGAACAAGAAGUACUUGCUUGUGGACUUUGGGCUGGCAGAGAAGAAAAUGCAGAAGACUGCUCUGGGAAUUUCCACAGGACAAACGCCUUCACCAGGCCGCAGAACAACGUCAGGGUCAAUGAGCAAGUAUUUCCCUGCCACGAAGAGCAACGGCUACAUCUUGCCCUCUGAGAACCUGGCGCAGCAGAUUGCAAAGAGGCGAAGGUUGGGCGUCAGAAGGACGAACGCAUCGGAGACCGUGAGGAACUCAGGGGUCAAACUGAAACGGCUUCCAGUCAACCGCGGGGGAACCCGGGGGUACCGCGCGCCCGAAGUGCUCAUGGGCAGCCACCACCAGACGACAGCAGUGGACGUCUGGAGCGCUGGGGUGAUACUGCUUACCCUGCUGUGCCGGCAGACACACUGCUUCCAGUGGUUCCGGCAUGACAAUGACAACUUGGCGGUCAUGGAGAUCUACGGGUACGCCCGUUGUGUAAGCCUUGAAGUAAGUGCGCUGGUCUGA